AUGGAUCAUUCACGGCCAAGGAGAGCUGCAAUUCCCAUUAUAGACCCUUCCGGACGGCAGGUGAAUGUUGCCGAGCAGCUCAGGGCCCCCAACUUCUCUCCAUACAGACCUCAGUUUGGAGGCCAUCCCGCCAACGGUGCCAGGGCCGUGCCAUACCCAGCUCCAGUUUCGGCUCCAGUUCCGUCUCUAGCUCCCCCAACUCCAACGACGAUUACCACUGGGCCUGCUCGUUUUCACGGUCCUCGGUCACAGGGAUCCCUUUCAUCAUGGACACCACAUCUAUUUGCCCAGCCAUACACCCCAGCCUACCUGCUGGCCAUCAAUCGUUCCCCGGCUGUGAGUAAAUAUACUGUACCCUUGAAGACUAUAGACUUCAAUGCAUACCGCCAGCAAUUUGCUGGCAGUCUUUUUCUUGAACCUGCCCCUUCCCAUGCCAUGCCCCCUAUCAAGAGUGUCCCAGUGUCUGUGUCUCUCCACGUAACGAAUUUGGUCCCGUCCAGCUACCUCUACUACUUCGACGAGUGUCUCUUGCUUGAGGCCUACCAACAGACUCUAGAUCUAGCGCAGCUGUGCCUUUAUAAUGUUCCCAUUGCCCUUGUUGACUUGCAACGCCGCAUAUUUGAGAUCAGAGUCCCAGGGCUCAAGGAUGAUGUUCCAGCCAUCGAGCUUGGAGACACAAUCCUUGUCCGCCAGAUUCUACAUUCUCCAAACCAGAUGACAAGGGGGGUGGAGUGGCUUGCAAGCAAUCAACCUACUCUUACCGGUUCUAUCGCCCCAGGUUUCAAUGGCCAGCAGCUUCACGCAGUAGUAGUGGGUGUGUCCAGAACAAAGGAAGUAGUCAGGUUGCGAAUUGACCAUUUUGACAUGACUGUCAACUCCGCAUACUCAUCCUGGCUUGCCAACAUACUUUUCACUGUCCAGCCUAACCGUUAUGUACCGCUUUGGGAGGCUCUUACAAGCAUUGAGAACGGCUGGAACUGGCCACAGUCUUCUGACUAUAUUCCCGGAGGAUGUUCGGGAAACCUUCAGGAUGAGUCCAGCUGGUUCCGCCAUAUGCUCUUCCCGGAGCCGCAUUAUGGCUUCAUGCAACAUACUCUUCCCAAGGGCAUCUUUGACCUCGAGUGGGUAGAUCCAGAUCUUAAUUACGAACAAAUGAAGGCCGUGGACUCCAUAGUAUCCAGAAACUAUGGCAACGUUCCCUUCUUGAUCUCUGGGGUCCCUGGUUCUGGCAAGACAAAAACAGUGGUGGAGUGUACCUUGCAGCUAUUAAACUGCUCCUCAGAUAUCGAACCGCAUAUUCUACUCUGUGCGCCUUCUAACCCUGCCGCCGAUACUCUAGCUACUCGUCUAGCCCCCCACUUGAAACCGGGCGAAAUGUUCCGUCUGAACGGAUGGGCAAGGACCUUUGCAGAGGUGCCAAGUGCACUCCUGCCAUACACAUACAUCGAUAACGACAUGUUCUCUCUUCCCGGAUUCAAAGCAAUGAUGGGAUACAAGGUUGUCGUCACCACUUGCAGAGAUGCAGACAUGCUAGUCAAGGCUCGUCUAACCAAUCGCGACCUAAUGAAACUUGCAUGCGAAACUGUAGCCGCAGUUUCGUCGAAGGUUUCUGUUAAGGCCGAGGACAUGCUUCACUGGACCGCUCUACUGAUCGAUGAAGCGGCCCAUGAUACGGAACCGGCAAUAUGUAUUCCGCUAACGGUAGUGGCCAGCCCACUGCCUAUCCAUGAGCCUACCAACAAUAAAUCAAGUCUACCACUGUUUGUCAUGGCAGGAGAUCACCACCAGCUAGGCCCUCGGAUCCACAACUAUGACACUUCUCUCUCCAUCUCACUUUUUGAGCGACUCUUCUCCUGUCCUUUCUACGCAGAUCAUCCACUAUCUCGCCGGAACGCAGGGCCAUACAAGAAACUUGUGCAAGAGAUGCUCCCUCUCCAACGUCCCGCAUUUACCAACCUAACUCGUAACUAUCGCUCACACCCUGCCAUUCUACCCGUCCCUUCUGUCUUAUUCUACAGUGACACCCUCAUCCCCUGUGCUACCCUCGCUGAUCCAAACGGCCCCGUUCCAACUUGGCCUGAGUGGAAGGACCCUCACCGCUGGCCAGUUCUGUUCAGCUGUAACUCCUCAUUAGACAAAGUAGAAGAACUCCUCCACAGGUCCGCAGGGAAUGGAGUAUUCAACCCUGGAGAAGCCUAUUUGGCUUUAUAUUACGUCAAGUCACUCCUUCAUCACUCUGACCAACUCAGCAACGACGCCUCAAAAUCACUCUCAUCCCUGGCCAUCCACCCCAAGGAUAUUGCCAUCAUAACCCCGUUUAGAUCUCAAGUCGCGCACCUCAGACACGUGUUUCGCUCUCACAGUCUUCAUUCGGUCAACAUCGGUCCGCUAGAGGCAUUCCAGGGUCUCGAAACCCGCUUCCUCAUCAUUUGCACAACUCGCACCCGGCCUGGCGAACAGUUUGUAAAGCAAGACCAAGCCCUUGGUUUGGGUUUAGUAGGCGAAAAGAAGCGGUUUAACGUUGCCCUGACCCGAGCCAAGGAGGGAGUCAUCGUAAUAGGAAAUCCAAACGUCCUUGUUGAUUCAGGCAAAGAUGAAACAUGGCGAGAGUUCCUAAGCUACUGCGCAAGAAAUGGAUGUUGGGCAACUGAAGAUAGCCCUAAACUUGAAAGAAGCGGCCCUCUUCUCCAAGAGUAUGAGGUUGGGUCUGCACAAGAAAACACAAACAAGAGCGCAAGGUGGUGGGCCAAGAAACUUGCCGGCGCCAACGUUAAAGCUGAUAAUGAAGAUAAUGACAGCAAUAAUGGCCAGGACAAUGAUACCCCUGAUGCUGGUGAUAAUGAUACAGGAGAAGAUAAUAACGAUGAUGACGAUGACUCUACUAACAACACAAGUAAUGCAGAUAUCAGACUCUCGGGGUAUAUCAGCAGGUUAGAAAGAGGCCUUCUUUACGAAGAAACGACCAAAAGCAAUAGAAGGAAGGGGACCCAGGACCUUGAAAAUACAACUUUCUUAGGCCAAAGUGGUGCCUUUCAUGCCAGUGCGCCCGAUGAUUAUGACUCCGCGAUGUGGACGGCAGGUAUUGCUGCCGAGGAAGUUCUCAGGGGUGCAUUGGAUAUCUGA